AUGGAGGAGAACGCCGAAGCCGCACCACUCGAAGAACUGACCGUCGUUCCACCUGCUAUUCAAAUUUGGUCGACGAUGGAUGACGAAGAAGAAAGGUUGGCGGCGGCAACAUCAGAGGCCAGCCCGGAAGCCCCUGCCUUACUUGCCGCAGCUCAGGAAAAGGAGACUUCCGACACAUCCAUUGCUAAUACCGCCGAUAAGAAAGAGGCGACCACCGAAAAAGGACCACCGGCUGUCAUGGAACCAUCACCGAUGGUCAUCAACGUUACUACGCCGCCAUCCCCUGCCUUUGACUGCCCUGAACCAGGGAUGGCCAUCAUGGCGACAUUGACGAGCAAGAACCCUAAAUGCGUCGUCCGUGAUGGUGGGAAGAGAAUCCCAGUCUGCAUCGCAAACAGAAGAUUCAAGAAGAAAAGAAAAUCAAAGCAGAAGAAUCUGAAGACGAUGGAGAUGUUGGAUUGGCUCCCGUACCGGCAUGCAGGCGGCUCACCUCCAGGGAAGGAGGAACCGUAG